UUCUAUACAUUGAACGAGCUCAACCAUAUUUGUUGUAGAAAAAUUUUCAGAUAGAAAAAUUCUUGUAGAACAAAAAGUCCAGUAAAACUGCAAAUAAAUGCGUGCAGCAGUUUAAAAUUGCAUUCCAAGAAGAUAAAAGUUCAAAAUAAAUAUAUUUUCACCUUUUCAGUUGUUUAAAUGUAAAAAGUCUACAACAAAACGCAUAUUUACAAUUUUUUAAGUGUCGGAACAAUUUAAUUACUUGCAAUUAACAACUCAUCUCUAUUAUUGUUGCUGUCGUCAUCAUAAGCUAUUGUGGAUUCGGAAGGAUCUCAUCUGUCUACAAGUAUAAAACACAGACGUUAAUUAACGUUGCAAUACCAAGAGCAAGAGCUGCAGCAACAGUCAAGGAGUCUUACAAUGGCGCUGACUGAACAUGAUAAUGUCUUCUUUUUUGUUCCAAAUCUUAUUGGAUAUGCUCGCAUUGUGCUAGCGUUGAUAGCAUUCUGGUUUAUGUCCACUAAUUACGUGGCCGCAGGAUGGUGCUACGUCAUUAGCGCUCUACUAGAUGCUGUCGAUGGUCAUGCGGCACGCGCAUUUAAUCAAAGUACACGUUUCGGCGCUAUGUUGGAUCAAUUGACCGAUCGUUGUGGCACCAUGGGUCUUUUAGUGACGCUCAGCUACUUUUAUCCCAAAUAUAUGUUCUGGUUCCAAGUCUCAAUCGCCAUAGAUGUUGCUUGCCAUUGGCUUUAUAUGCAAACGAGCGUUAUGGUCGGAAAAACAUCACACAAAUCGUUCGAUGUCAAGGAAAAUGUGAUAAUGCGCACAUAUUAUCAGAAAGAUGUGCUCACAUUUAUGUGCUGUGCAAAUGAACUCUUUUACGUGUGCUUGUAUCUUCUGUACUUCACCUAUGGACCAUUAAUCUUUGGCAUGUCCCUGUUUAAACUUUUGGCUAUCGUUAUGGCACCAUUUGCUCUACUAAAGUCUCUGAUCUCCUGCUUGCAUGCCUAUGUAGCCAGUAUUGAUUUGGUCGCUUUGGAUAUGCGUGAACGUAAGGAAAAGCGCGAAAAGGAAGAAGGUAAAAAGGCAGAAUAAUUCCACCAAUUGAAGUCUUCGAAAUUCUUUUGUGAUGUAUAUAAUUUUAUACAAACAUCUAUAACGAUCAUUUACGCGUUUCGAUAAAAUAUUUAUUAUUAAAAGUAUGAGUGUUGUUUAGUCGUAACUAAUUUUAUUUAUUUUUUUAUUUAAAAUGUAAUAUUUUUCCUUAAAUUUAAAUAGUUAAUUUCAAUUAUUUAUUCUAAGUCUUAAAAGUGUACCUACAUAAUUGUUAAACUUCAUAUAUAAAAUCACAUUGCGAGCGAUCCAAUGGAAGCAGCAUCUUCAGAAACGUUGUAGUAUUUUUGUUGUGACUAAGUGAAUUAUAUAUUAUGCAUAUAUAGAGGAAGGGUAAUUGAUUGAUAAUUUAACGUAAUAUUAUUUCAUAUUAACAAAGUAACAACAUGGAAUCAAAUUAAACCUUAACUGUAGACACUUUUGUUAAAAAUAAUUGUAGUUUUAGAUGUGUAAAAACUGAAAUUGAAAUAUUAUAUAUGUUGUAAAAAAAUGUAUGUAUAAAUUUCUUCCAAGUAGCCAAACAGAAUGUGAAUUGAUAUGUGUAAUAUGAAAUAAGACAUUUGGUAAAGUUAUGAAAGAAUUUAAAUUUAAAGAAAAACAUAUUAAUUGAAAGCUAUAUGUUUUGGCCAAAAAUAUUAAUUCAUGAAUGUAACUCACAUAUUUUAUGCUUAAUGCACAUACAUACAUAUGUAUAUUUGUUCGGCAAAGGUGAAAUCUAUAAUAAACAAAACUGAAUGUC